AUGGCUGGGAAGCGCCUCUUGGACCUUGCCGCGCUGUUCAACGCUUCUCGUGGCGUCGCACAGAAGCAUGUUGGAUUGAGAUCAAGACAGUUGGAAGUUUACAAUAGGACAUCGACCCUGGCAAGGGCUGUGCGCAAUCAGACGGAUCGUGUCACUGAGACUAUAAAAGCAGCUUCAUUUCUUGCUUCGCGCUUGAAUGAGGAUGCUCCAGAAUGGUCUUCAGAUACACCGGCCCAAGCGAGUGGAGAAGAGAAGAUCCCAAGGAAAGAAUCAACUACUGGACCCUCAAAGUCCCACCCACGGAGCGGUAUAGAACAAGAUCAUUUUUACGAAAAGUCGCCAGCCAAUUCUGCUGUGAAUGAAGCUCCAGAGGCAGACUUAGAAAUCAAGCAGGAGAAGGCCAAUCGGUUUCCUUUACUAGAUGGGACCAUCCCUCCCGAGGAUUCGGACUUGAAUGAGUCUGCAUUAGACCACGAUAUAAUACAUACCAGACUGAAGGAUGAAACAGCGAAGAAGCCACUGGAUCACGACGAAAUUAUACCGCUCGCUUCAGAUGCGUCAUCGAUCCCCAUUCCAUCACAAGAGUCAAAGUCGACGCCUGCAGAUGCACGACUUCCAGAACCUGCGCAAAUACCUUUCAAGACAGCCGAUGCAUACGAUAGGUCUGUCGAAGGUCCCCUGGAAGAAGGACAUGGCGAGGAUAGCUUUUAUGAGAAGUCGACACAUACUUCGCCGGCUGUUUCCUCUUUACCCCGAGUACAACUCCCCAGCCACGCAUCAGACACACAAGGAGACCCACAUCUGCCAAAAAUAGAGAUAAAUUCCGACACCUUUUACGGCUCGUCAAGUUUCCCUGCUAGCGACAAUUGUCUCCCGGUGGGUAUCAACACUGAUCUCUUCCAUAGUCCACGAGUCGCUAGGCUUCUCGGCGGUGAUAUCCAGGGAGGGCGAACGGGUAAUGGAAAGCAGAAGGAUGUGAUUAGUACUAGUAUGUCCAGCGACGAGAUAGUAGCUACCACAGGCAUCGACCGCAAUAGGGCCGAAGCUCACAGUCAACAGGAUGAUCAUUCUACGAGAAUUUCCGUGCCUGAUGUCCAGCGGGAACGACAUGACGAAAACAUCCAGAAGCUCGCCGCGUCUAUAGCAGAGGAAACUACCAGUCCGUCAGAUUUGACACCUUAUGAAUUGAAAGAAUCGAAAGUGCCUUCAUCUAGGCUAGGGAGACUGUGGAAUUAUGGAGGGCUAGCGGCUGGCAUGGUUGGAGGAGCAAUUUCCGAAAGCCUUCGUCGAGUAGCAGGAGGCGGCAAUGAGGGUUCUUACAUGCUCAGCGCUGGCAACAUGGACAGACUCGUGACGAAGCUCUCCCGUAUGAGAGGGGCCGCCUUGAAGCUUGGCCAGGUAAUCAGCUUUCAAGACUCUAAGAUGCUUCCCGAGCCGAUCCGAGAAGUCUUGCAAAGAGUCCAAGAUAGGGCAGAUUACAUGCCCUCUUCCCAGCGUGACCGAGUACUUGCUACCAACCUUGGAUCGGAAUGGAGAGCAAUGUUCUCUAGCUUUGACGAGAAGCCACUUGCGGCCGCUUCAAUUGGACAAGUUCACAGUGCUGUCUUGAAAUCCAAUGGCGCCCGUGUAGCCGUGAAAAUUCAAUACCCCGGAGUCGCCGACUCAAUCGAUUCGGAUCUCAAUAAUCUGGCCCUCCUUUUGACUGCUUCUCGGCUUUUGCCAAAGGGCCUCUUUCUUGACAAGACCAUCGCCAAUGCUAGGACUGAACUGGCAUGGGAAUGUGACUACGCCAGAGAAGCCGAAUGCGGACGGAGAUUCGAAAGGUUACUAGCAGACGAAAAGGAUGUGUUCAUUGUCCCGAAAUUCUACUCGGAAGCUUCGGGAAAACAAGUGUUGACAAUGGAAUUCAUGGAUGGCAUUGGCGUCACUAGGGUCCAGAGUUUCACCCAAGAGCAGAAAGACUGGAUUGGCACACAGAUCCUUCGCCUUUGCCUUCGCGAAAUCACCGAAUUCAGAUUUAUGCAAACGGAUCCAAACUGGACCAAUUUCUUAUACAAUGCUAAAACGAACAAGCUGGAGCUGCUAGAUUUUGGUGCGUCACGAGAAUAUCCCGAGUUUUUCAUCGCGAAAUACACAGAGCUCCUGGCAGCCGCAUCCAGGUCAGACAGGGACACUGUAGAGGCCCUAUCCAUUGAGCUGGGCUAUCUCACGGGGCGGGAGUCAAAGGCAAUGCUUGAUGCGCAUAUUGCAUCCGUACUGACGCUCGCCGAGCCUUUCUUGGAAUCUUCACCUGAGAUCUAUGACUUCAAGAACCAGACAAUCACAGAUCGAGUGAAGGAGUUAAUUCCGUUAAUGAUCAGGGAGAGGUUGGCUCCUCCGCCAGAAGAAACCUACAGCCUGCAUAGGAAGCUGAGCGGCGCAUUCCUACUAUGUGCAAGGUUGGGGAGCCGUGUAAGAUGUCGUGAACUUUUUGAAAAUAGCAUGAAACAGGUGCACCUUCUUUAA